AUGCAAUUCAAAGAUCAAAAGAAACUAAAGGUGAAGAAAGGAUGGUUAGCAGUUCGAGUUGGACUAGAUGAUGAAACUCAACAAAGAUUCAUGAUUCCAAUUUCAUACCUUUACCAUUCACUAUUUCAGAAACUUCUUGAUAGAGCACAUGAACUUUAUGGCUACCAUACAACCGGACCUAUUCAUCUUCCAUGUUCGGUUCAAGAUUUUCAUCAUCUUCGAUGGCGGAUCGAGAACGAUACUGCUGGAUCAGAUGGGCAUAACCACCAAAGUCAUUAUCUUGCUGGAUCUAUUGCCUUUCAUCCAUGUUGA